AUGGCCCCUUGCUCAUUGACCCACUCCACUAAUUCUCAUCUUUCAGCAGCCACCAUUUCCCUAGCACUCACAACACAACCAUUCAAACCCUGCUUGAUUUUCCUUGUUCCCAAGACCCUCAGCUCUUUGACCCGUUCUCCGCUCGUCCUUUCCCCCUCCAGCCCGUUCCCUUUCCCUCCCCUUCCCGUUCCCCCCUGCUCCCCGUCCCACCCGUUCCCCUUGUUUCUCAUUCUCCCCCACCUUUGCGCCUCUUCUCCCCCCGCUCCGCAGCUGAGUUUCUGCGGUCGGUGGGCAGUCCAUUCCAGUGCUGUACGGGCACGUGGUGCAGCUGUUCCACCUGAGUUCCUGCGGUCGGUGGGCAGUCCAGUGCUGUACGGGCACGUGGUGCAGCUGUUCCACGUGAGCAGCGGCAAGUUCGUGAGUGUCAAGCGCACGCAGUCCGAGCUGGAGAAGUCGCACCUCAAGGUCGUCCUGCAGAGGCGCGGCGACAUGGGCUCCUGGUUCACUGUCACUCCCGCCUACAAAAUCAAGCGUGAGGGCGAGCACGUGGCGUUUGGAGACGCAGCAACCUUCAUGAGUGUCAAGUUCUCUGGAGCCGGGUUGCGGCUCUCUGAUGCGUCCUUUGAUGUCACAGUAUCGGGUUGCCAUCCUUAUGUCAUCGACUCUAGGGAGGUGAACGCAGGGCCAGAGGUGGGGCGGUGGAAGCUCAUACCCUACGCGCUACACGAGAGCAAGCUGCUAAACGCGCGGCACCUGCUGAGAGGCGGCGAUGCAGUGGUGGUGACGCACAGGGCGAGUGAGAUGCACUUAGUGUGCGACGAGGGCCAGGUGUUCUUUGAAGCACGGGGUCAGAACGAGCCCGGCGGGGGAAGAGUCAGCUCCAAUGCUCUCUGGCGCCUGCAGCCUCUCACCGUUGAGUGGGGCGGGCGAUUUGCAUCUGGAGACCAGCAAUUCCACCUGAAGCACCUGGCGACAGGGCUGUACUUGGAGUCUAGGCGACUGUUGCACUCCAACACCUGCCUUGACAUGCGCGGAGAGGACUUCAGGGGCAUGGUGGGAGUGACAGAACUAUACAAGAAGCCAGGGACCGUCUGGCGGAUAGGGGCAGUGGGGCAGGGCACAGAGAGGCACGUGAUACCCUACCACACACUCAUUCAGUGCCACGGUGUGCACGGGUACAUGUCAGGCGGCAGUGGGGACUAUUACAAGGCCCGCUGGGCCUCUCCCGGUGCAGCAGGCUCGCUUUCCUUCGCCUCGUCGUUCUCAGCCGCUGCUGCUGCUGCGGCGGUUAAUGCAGUUGGGGCUGCGUCGGCUGCUGCGGCUGCUGUGUCUUCGGGGUUUGCGUCGGGAGUGUGCGUGGAUGGGGAUGGGGACAGGGACGGGGGCGAGGAGGACGAGGAGGAGGCGCUCAUGGGGAGGCGCCCUGCUGGGCUCACGUCAGUGUGGGACCAGAAGUCUGUCCCCUUCUCCCCCUCUCUCUCCCCUUCUCACUGGCUCUCCCUUUCCCUCGCUUCCUCCUCUGCACAGGAGAGUGACUCCACGCGCUGUCUCAAGAACUUUGUGCUGGCUCUGGACGAGAUAGACCCUAUAGACGACUGCACGGAUGACGAGGUGCUCAAGGCCAGCAUCCGCACUAGUGGCCUCAUUCAAGUGCUCUUCAAGUAUGGCCCAGUGGUAGCAGAGGAGCUACAGCGGCUGAUUCGCUGCCUGGUUAUCUCAGACAUGCCAGACGUGCUCAACCUCAGGGGCCCACCUAAUCGCACAUACCAGGUCUUUGUGAGCGAGCAGAAGGUGCUAGCGGUGGUCGUCUCCGUCCUCCAAAUCCUCCUCAUCAGCAAGGGCUUGCCGCAGCGCUGCCUGAGCGACUGCGACACAUUCUUUGAGGGAUUCGACCUGCGGCGCCUCUGCAAGCUCAUGAACCGCUUCCUGCAAGCCGCGUGCCAGCAGUUCAGGCCUGGGCAGGACCAGCUGGCUCCAUACGUGCCGCUGCUGGAUCAGCUGGUGGGGAAUGAGAUUUACACGUCGGGCACGAUUAUGGCGAUUUUCGCGGAUAAUGAGAGGAUUAUUUCGAGGGUCACUGUGGACAAUGUGAGUGGUUACGAGCGGAAGAGUGGGAAAGUGGGAAUGGGGCUAUGGUGUGUGGGUUUGGUUGGGAAGAUCCGGCAGCGGGUGACCAACUGUCGCAUGUUCCAGCGGCCGCGGGACAUCCGCUUUCUGAACAUCAUCUGCAGCAGCGAGGGCGCGCCUGUGCGCUCCAACCAGAACGUCGUGGUGGACAUUCUCCGAGAGAACGCCGACAUCCUCGUGCAGGCCCGCCCCGCGCCCUCCCGCCUUGUUCGAGGCGGGCAGACGCUCAUUCUGAGGCGCUGGGAUGGGCUGGAGGUGGAUUGUGAGGCGUAUGCGGAUUUGCAGCAGCUUGGCCCGCACUCUGACUCCAUUCGACGCACUCCCCAGGUGACCAGCAUAAGCAAGCUCUCCAAGAAAUCCCCUUCCGUCCUGUUUCUCCAUUUCCCCUCUCACCAAUCCCCCCCCCCUCUCCUCCCCCACCCCUCAGAGGUGCUGUUUCUCUUCUACGUGGUCUCGCUGGAGCUGUACUGCACGCUGUGUCUGCAGCGCAACCGCAAGGCCAUAGACUGGCUGAUAGAGGACAGCCACCUGUACGGGCUGGACUAUGGCACGCUGCGCAUGGUCGUCUUCAACCCCGCCCUGCCCUUCUUCCUGCCUCAAAAAUGGAUUCCUCCCAUCCCAGGUGCUGUUUCUCUUCUACGUGGUCUCGCUGGAGCUGUACUGCACGCUGUGUCUGCAGCGCAACCGCAAGGCCAUAGACUGGCUGAUAGAGGACAGCCACCUGUACGGGCUGGACUAUGGCACGCUGCGCAUGGUCGUCUUCAACCCCGCCCUGCCCUUCUUCCUGCCUCAAAAAUGGAUUCCUCCCAUCCCGUUUCUCCUCUUUUCCUCUCACCACCCCCUCCCGCACCCCACCUCCCCCACCGUCCAGAGGUGCUGUUUCUCUUCUACGUGGUCUCGCUGGAGCUGUACUGCACGCUGUGUCUGCAGCGCAACCGCAAGGCCAUAGACUGGCUGAUAGAGGACAGCCACCUGUACGGGCUGGACUAUGGCACGCUGCGCAUGGUCCGCAACCGCAAGGCCAUAGACUGGCUGAUAGAGGACAGCCACCUGUACGGGCUGGACUAUGGCACGCUGCGCAUGGUCGUCUUCAACCCCGCCCUGCCCUUCUUCCUGCGCACCAACUGCUGCCGCCUGCUCACACGCAUGUACCUGGAUAGGGAGCCCUUCGAGCUCGUGUCACAGGGCAGCGUCAUGCUCACCUGGCCCACUAUCGAUGACUCAGAUGCAGAAACCUUGAGCGAGCCCGACCAUGUGAACAUGGCCAUGGCGGACCCUUUUUCCGCCUUCCCCGGGAAGGCGCCAGAGAGGGAGUUUGGCGAGCUGAAGGCGCGCACGCUGGCGUACCUGCACAGCACACGGCUGUCGUCUGCUUGCUCUGCGGGGCAGAGCGCACUCACCCUGGCCGUGCUGCAAAUGGCCAGCAUCAUGCUGCAAUUCGGGCUGUUUGGGAACUUCUCCCAGGUGGCUGAGAGGGAGUUUGAGGAGCUGAAGACGACGCACACGCUGGCGUUCUUUGAGACGUCUUGA